AGCAUUCCCCUCAUUCUGCCUGUAACCGCAGCUUGUAAGGCUGGGCACUCACUGGCUGUCUGCACAAGGGAGGAACCCGAGUAUACUCCUUCUCCAAUCAGUCAUCGGCCAGUGCAGUUUUCUACUUGCCUAAAGUAAACAGGAUCUGCCAGAAUCUGCAGAAACAAAUCGUGGACUUUAGCAGCGAUGGGCAGUAAGAAAGGGCGAUCCCCAGGUCGAACGUUUAAGCACAAUCGAGAUAUGAGUUGUCAGAGUGUGGAGAAUCUCUCGUCCAACGCACACAUGGCACAAGAGUCAGCAGAAAUUGACCAGGAGCAUAAAGUAAUAGAGUCGGCACAAAGUUGUCCUAAUCUCCAAACCUCCAAAGAGCGACCCCCUGAAAGUGACAGCAGUUCUCGAUGCAUGAUCUUUACAUAUUUCAAAGGGGACAUCAACAGUAUGGUGGACGAACACUUCUCAAGAGCUUUGAAUCGACAGACUGAUUCCAGAGAUGAUUGUUCAAAAAGUAAAAAUGAGAGUGUGGACUCGAAAAAAGAAGGACGUUUUUCCACAAACCAUUGGAAUCCCAGUCCGACCUACUGGGCUAACCCAUACCAAGCACCCCUUCCUUCUACUGUAACAAGAUCUCCUGCGAAUCUACCUGGUCUUUCAAAUCAAUAUACGUCAGUUUCUUUACAUAAUCCCCACCCCCAUCCUCCAGAUAUGUGGCAUUUCCCUGCAAUGAGUAACCAGAGUACAUUGGGAACUGUCUAUCGUCAACCGAUAUCUGAUCUGCACCGAGUGAUGUCACCUGCUAUGGGUGAAAGGCAGUACAGUCCUCUUCUGGUACCAUUGCAAUGUGAAAACGCACCCGUUGGACCCAACCAAGGACGAAUCAUAGCAAAACCAGACCUUUCACCAACCUGGUCAGGCAGACAAGCUGGACUCCCGGAAAUGAGACAAAAUAUGAACCCUGAUACAGGUUUUCAGCAUCAGGAGAAAAGGAAGGACAUGUACUGGUAUUAGAUAAACCUUUUUUGCUUUAGAACCUUUUUGGCUGCAGCAGUGACACCUACUGCUCACCCUAAUCCAUCAUUUUCUGAGUGUUUUUUUCCCCCACAAAGAAACGUUUUUUGCUCACAUUUUGCCCAAGUGGUGACAUAUAUUGAGUAAUUAAUGCUGGAUACAGUUUAUCAGUUUUGCUUUGAAAUCCUUUCGAAGGUCUUACAUAGAAAUGUUUAAUGUGUCUUUUCAAAAAAAGGUACGAAAUGGAUAACUCAGGAUUAUUUAUAAAAGAGAUGAACAUAUUGAAAAAUCGUGUUGUGAAGGUAAAGUGGGAAUGCAAACAUUACUGAAAUAAAUAGAAUAUUUAUUUUAUGGCUUUUAGAUAACAACUGCUUAAAUCUUCCAAAUUUCAUUUAUUAUCCUUUGAGGACGGGAUAUGGGCCUGAGCUGGUUCCAAGGUGACAUGUUUAGCAAAUGAAUAUUGGAAUUGAGUCCAUACUCUACGACAGUCUUGGUAGGCCUGUUGCUGAGUCAGGUGCGUCGAUAGUACUCCAAGGCACUGAUGAUGACAGAUCUGUCUGUUUUGCUCACCAUUGGACUUAACAAAGUAGCCAAAUUACUGGGCUCCUGUUAACCCCGCAAGCUAAAGGCUAAUGAAUAAGAUGGUCCCAGCUGGACAAGCAGCCAGGAAACUUGCCAGACCGAUAAUCGGAAUGGAAAGCUAUGUGGCUUUAGCUGGUUGUGUCACAUACCCAGCUGACUCCCCAAAAAUAUUGCCAGUUACAAAUUUAUUUUAAAGGCUGUAAAGUGAAUUAAAUUGUGUAUUCUGUGGGCAAAACAAAAUGACAGAAGUUGGAGAUUUGAUAUCAGUAACAAGGUGUUUUAUUAUAGCUAGUGUGU